AUGGACUUCGGGGUUCCGAAUAUUGGCAACAGGGUCAUGGCCCAUGUCAUUGAUAAUUUGGCCAGGACUGAUCCCGGCAGAAAAGUGUGUUCCAUACCAGAGAUCCCUGAUAACCCUCGAAGUUAUGUGGACUUGAAUGUGAAAAAGCUGGCACACGCGGUUAACUAUAUGUCCUGGUGGAUUGUGGAGCAAUUUGGCAACAGUGACACUUUCAAUGAGACGCUGGCGUAUCUGGGAGCGAAUGAUGUGCGUUACCUGGUGGUGGUUCUCGCUUGUAAUAAGACUGGUUACAAGCCGUUGUUAUCUUCAACCAGGAACUCACAGGCAGCCCAUGUUCGCUUGUUUGAAAUGACAAACUGUUCCAAGCUCGCCUACAGUCCUGAGAAGCAUCUGAAUGCACAGGAUAUCUGCUCCGCUGCCCCCUAUGUUACCGAGUGCGAAAUUCCAUCUUUUGCAGAGAUGUCGGAGCAGGAUACUGGUGGGUAUCCGUUUUCCAAGACCUUUGAGGAUGUUAGGAAUGAAGUGGCAUUCAUAGCCCAUAGCUCGGGCACAACGGGAUUCCCCAAACCAAUCCAGCUUACAUUUGGAUACUUUGGAGCUUUGGAUUAUGGAGCCCAUGUUCCUAUUCCACCUGGACGAACAGCCGGAGUUCCUGACCGGCUGAGUCCCGAGGAUUUGAUUCUUUCGUCAACACCAUUCUUUCACCUAAUGGGAUUUGCAUUGCUCAUAAUGGCCGUGUUUCAUGGAAUUCCUUGCGUCAUACUGCCGGAUAAACCGCUGUCGACGGAAUUAGUGACCAACGUGCUUUCCAUUACCCAGCCGACCGCAGCACUCUUUGCUCCCUCUAUCCUCGAGGAUCUUUCCACAAAUACCGAGUCAAUGGAAGCCUUGUCCAAGCUCAGACGUGUGUAUUUUGGAGGAGGACCACUCUCUCCAGAUGUUGGUCGCAAGGUCAGUGAAUCCACUCAGCUGAGGGUGGCUUCGUGCCCUCCCUUUUUGCCAGAAAACGGAGACUGGUCUUAUUUCGAAUGGAGUCCAACUUUUGGGAUAACCAUGGAGCACGUCGAAAAUGGUCUACAUGAGAUGGUCUUACGCAGACACGAAAAACCAGAGCUUCAGCCGAUUUUCCAUACUUUCCCAGAUCUCGAAUGCUACCACACUAAAGAUCUGUACUCGCCACACCCAACGGCUCCGAAUCUUUGGAAGUUUCAUGGACGACUGGACGAUGUGAUUGUAUUCAACAACGGGGAGAAAUUCAAUCCCGUCACUAUGGAGAAAGUCAUUGAGGGACAUCCUUUAGUGGCUCGGGCAGUGGUAGUUGGACUCGGCAGAUUUCAGACUGCACUUUUGAUUGAGCCAAACUGGAAUCAGUGGGAUUCAAUUAAGCCAGGGAGUAAUCUGAUCGAGCUCGUUUGGCCAACAGUGCAAGAAGCCAAUCGAAUCAGCCCUGCACACGGGCACGUCAUGAAAUCCAAGAUUACCUUAGCGACCAAAAACAAGCCUUUCGCUACAACUCCCAAAGGAAGCACCCAGCGAAGGAUCGUGACGGAAAGUUAUAAAGUUGAAAUUGACCAGCUCUUCACCUUGGACGACGUGGAAGAAAUACCAUUCAGCCUGCCACCCUCUCCAAAUUUCCCAAGCACCCUCCAGUUUGUUCGAAACCUUGUCGAUUAUGUUUCGAACAUCAGCUCCUGUGCAGACGAUGCGGACCUUUACAAUGCUGGGUUUGAUUCAUUGCGUACCAUGCAGCUAGCAGCAGCCCUACGAGCAACCGGAUUUCCAAAUAUAGUCCCGCAAACAAUCUAUGGACACCCCAGCAUUGGAAAAAUCGCAACCCAUCUUCAUCAUAUCAUAAAAGGGGAUCAGGUGCAGACAAAGUCAAGACACGAGAAGAUCGACGAACUGGUCAAGAAACACACAGCUUAUCUCCCUAAGAAAGAGUAUUCACACUCUCUGUGCGGCUCGGAAUCCUUCACCGUGACUCUCACAGGGUCAACCGGAUCACUUGGCAGCUACAUACUUGAUGCACUGCGAUUUGACAAGUCUGUUGGAAAAGUGUAUUGUUUAACCCGCGAUGGGAAAGAAGAGAAACAGCUCAGAAGUUUUCAAGAAAGAGGUUUGGACGAGACACUUCCAGACAAGAUUGAAUUUGUUCAGACCUCUCUCGGCGCCCCUCACCUUGGCAUCGACGAUUCUAAGUAUAAAGAGAUGCUUCGAUCAGUAAACACUGUCAUUCACAAUGCCUGGAAGAUGGACUUCAACAUUUCAGUUGAAUCCUUUGAAGAAGCUCAUAUACGGACUGUUCGCAACUUGAUAGACUUUAGCUUGCAAAGUGCGCAUCGGGCUCACAUACAUUUCCUCUCUUCGAUUGGAGCUAUCGGAGGCUGGACCCUUUCUAAUGGCCCUGUCAUCCCGGAACUCCCAUUUGAAGAUUGUGACGUGGCACUUCGCCAGGGGUAUAGUGAAGCCAAGCACAUAUGUGAGCGAAUUUGUCUGGCAGCUUCUCAAACGAGCGGAGUGCCAACGAGCAUUCAUCGGUUAGGCCAGAUUGCCGGGCCUUGCAAAAGAGUUGGUUUCUGGAAUGUACAGGAAUGGAUUCCUGCUCUAGUGGCCACAUCAAAGUCACUGGGCAAGGUGCCAUCUACUCUGGGAGGAUUUAAAGUUGAUUGGGUUCCAGUGGACCUGCUAUCCAGGAUAAUUGUGGAUAUAGUUCAAACCCGCCAAAAGACACAACGACAAGAUCUUUUGUCCGUCUUUCAUUUAGUCAAUCCCACAGCGGCAUCCUGGUCUAGUCUCCUGGAACCGAUCAGUACACGCUAUAAACUAGUAUCAGUGGAUAUGAAGGAAUGGGUUGACGAACUAAAGGAAAUCAAAAAUCCAUCUCCAAAGGAUUUGGUAGAAAAGCCAGCAUUGAAGCUAAUUGGGUUUUACCAGAGCCUUGUUGAAGGCGAAGGGGUGCUCUCUGUUCCACUUGAAUUGGAACACACAAAGGCAGCGAGUGAAACAAUGCGAUCACUGCCUUCUAUCACACCGGCUAUGAUGGAAAAUUGGCUGAAACAGUGGGCAUUUUAG